AUGCCUAUAAACCGCCUGAGAUCAGACUCUUCGGAGAUGGACUCUGACCUGUCACCCAACCGCAGGCUAAGUGACUUGAGCAGAGGUGGGAGUUUGGAGAGUCGAAGUAGCAGUUCUCGGUCCAGAAGUUUCACUUUGGAUGAUGAAAGCCUGAAGCAUCUCACACAUGAGGAAAAGGAUGUCAUCCUGUUUUUCGAAGAAACUAUUGAUUCCCUGGAAGAGGACUUUGAGGAACAAGUGUUGCGUGAUAGUGGUAUACACAGCCACUCUCUGCGAUCUCUGGAAGAGAGCAUGUCCAGUCAUUCUGAGCCAGAAGAUGUCAUCGAUUUAGUACAGCCAGUACCUGCAGCUGGGGAACCUGAGUGGUGGCUUAUAAGGAUUCUCUCUCACUUUUCAGAGGUUGAACCUGUUGGAAGAGAAGAAAUUCCUGUCCUGGAAUACAAGAGGCAAAAUGCUGAGAAUUCUCCAGCACCAGGUUCCACAGUUCCAGAGACCCUUCCUCUGACAAAUUUCCCACCUAUCAUCUCAACUCCAGCCCACCCCAGGAAAGAGCUGCUGUCUCCUCCUCCAACAGAGCACCCAAAACUACCCCGCUCAGUUCCUACUCCACUUGUUAUUGCUCAGAAAAUUUCUGAGAAGUUAGCAGGAAAUGAAGCCCUGUCCCCCACAUCUCCCUCGAAGGCAGGCAGGCCUGGAGAAUGGAGGACACUGACUUCUUUAGCCCCUCAAAAAGGAGACCACUUCUUGUGGCACAGGCACAUGACACAGCCUGCACCCAAGAUUCACCGCUUCCCCAGCAAUAUUAGUGUGACCAACAGUUCAGGAAAGGAAUUCAAUAAGACCAUCUCAAAGGCUGCUGUCAAUGUACAAGAACGUAAAGCCCAGGUCUUAGCCAACAUAAAUGGUGUUUCUUUCCUCACCAUGGAAGAUCGGUCACAAAAGAAUGACCUCACUGAGCAGAGGAGAAGUUUCUGUCCUGAGCAAGUGACAUGCGACCAAAGCAAGCCAGGCCUUGUCAAGGAAGCUAUAUGCCCAGAGACAGGAGGGCAGCCCAGUAGUCAGCAAUCCAAAGGCGUGCAGACAGAACAGUCCCCAGCAUUGGCCAAUGGCUUCCAAAGCAUCCAUGAUGUGCUAAAACGUGAGCCUAGUACCUUUGUCUCUACUGGAAAGACUAUCACCUUCCGUCCAGACCCAGCUCUUACCAAUAAACUUGCACGCCAGAAUGCCAUCAAGAGCUUUUAUGAACACCAGCAGCCAGACUAUGGCCAGGAUGUUCGGAAGCGGUCAGGUUCUCUCCCUAGAGCUGUUGGAUUCAGACCCCAGGGAAUCACUGUUCAGUUCUCUGGGCGAGGCUCUACAGAAGAAGCUCGUCGUGAGGCCCUGAGGAAGCUUGGCCUCCUGAAGGAAAAUCUGUGA